AUGUCAACAGACCAACCACAACAACAACCAGAAGCCAUGCCAUCGUCGUCGUCGGCGGCGCAAAGGCAAGGAUCGCAACAACCGCAAUCGCAAUCGCAAUCGCAAUCACAGCCUCAAGAAACGAACGGUCACACCCAACAAACAUCAUCCUCAGGUCUAUUAUCCCAGUCACGAAACCAACAACCACCAUCGCCACCACCAGCAAACCAAACCCAAACUCAAACUCAAAAUAGUCAACAACAACCAGCCGAACCCUCCUCCUCUUCUUCCUUCGAACCCUCCCAACAACAACAACAACAACAAACUCAACCCCAACCCGCCGAAGAACAAGAACACCAAGAACAAGAAGAAGAAAUAACCCCAGGCCCCCGCGCCACCCGCCUCCAACAGCUCUUUAGUACCACCCUCCGACAUACACUCGACAAGAUCUCGCGCGACAACUUUGCGGCGUGUUACCCGACGAUUGCGGCGCGGGCGCCGGGGACGUUGGAGUUUGUGCAACGGCAGAUGGUGGAGCGGUUGGGGGUUCAGUGUGAUAAAGAAUUCAACUCCAUCUUGCACACAAGACAGGUGGUUCCCAAACUCAACGAGCUCGAGACGCUCGUCGGCGAAGCAAACAAGAGGAAACGAGAAGCUGGCGGUGAUGAUGCCACUCCGCCCGUACCACCACACACCCUCCCACCAUCCAUCAUCCUCUCCGCCCAUCUAUCUCCCCACCUAACAACCACCCACUCCUCUUUAACCACCACCCUACAACAAACCCAAGCCGAAAAUCACCAGCUGUUCCAGGAAAUCCAAGCGCAACGCGCAGAAAUCGAAGAGUUAUUGGCCGUGGUAGAAAAGGCGCUGAAGGAUGUCGAGGGGGCGAACGAGUUGUUGGAGGGCGUCGUGGAAAAGGGGUUGGUGGAGGAGACGAGGGGGGUAGAUGGGGAGAUUAGUAGUUCUAUUGGCGGCGUUGAUGGUAGGUAAGGUAAGGUAAGGAAGGGGGUUGGUGGAAUGGGCGAAGAGUUAUUGUGACAUAUGGGUUUCGGACGUGGAUUGACAGAGGAGGAAAGAGGAGGGAGAAAGAGGGUGUGAGUGUCGGUUGAGAGGGACGGAAAAGAGAUCAAGGACCACGGGAGAGAAGAAAAGUUGAGACGAGAAGAACGGAAGCAGUGGAGGAAAGUGAGUUCGACUGGAACCAAGAUGGGUUUAGCCAUGAUGCUUAUGAUGUGCUUGCAAAACAAGUAUAUCAACAUGGCGUCAGGGAGUUAGUCCAUCUCAUCAUCCACCGCUCUCUUUCUCAACACGGAGACAACCUGGAUUAGGGGUUAGAGUUAUCCGAAAUUCGGUCGUCAUGAAGUCGGUACCCAGGAAACAAACUACCUGUACCUACUGGCCAUGUCACGCUUGGUCCAGACUGUCUGACACGACGGUGUCAAGUUUUAUGAGUUGAAUCGGUUCUGGGAUGGACAAGAUGCAUCCUGUAAUUAUUCUCGGAUACUCAUAAAUAUCACAUUCAUCAAGAAGA